AUGUUUAGAAUCCCUUUAUUGAGGUUUAAGCAUAAUCCUAAAAGGGGUACACAAGAAUAUAGAGAUUUUCAAGAAAGAUUAAGAAUUAGGAAAAACCCAAAUGCAGCAGAAGUACAAAAACCAGAGAUUCCUGUUGAAGAAGCACCAGAAAUUCCAGUCCCAGACGCAAUAAGAAUACCCUUAAAAUUUUGCGUAAUUCCUCCAGUGAUUUUUACACUUGGUGCAUGUGGCGCAGACUAUUUUUCUUAUCAAUUUAGCAAAUUUCUAAAAAUUGCAGGAUAUUGGUGCUGCUUUUAUUCAACUUUUAUGGGCUCAGUAUGAGCAGGCUUAGAAAUGCUUAGAUAUAAGCCGCCUUUUUAUGCAUAUCCAAGCUAUAAUGUUUUUGUGAGAUCUUCAAGACUCUUUGCAAGUUUUGGUCAAUGCAUGUUAGGGGUUUAUGGGAUUAGAAGUUUUGAUAAAGAAAGUUGGUCUGGGAUCAUGAUUUAUACAGGGCUCCAAUCGUUUACAUCAUUAUGAUGCAUUAGCUCACAUUAUAGAGGAUUGAUACCAACUUGGGUCAAAAAUAUGCAGUGGCCGCUUAUGAUGAUAUGCCAAGCUACGCUAUUGCUAUUAGGUGUAAGAGUUUUUCUGAAGGAAAGUUAUAUUUCUAGGAUGAAAAAGUUGGCUUCAGAUAUAAAUCAAGGAAAUUAUAAAAAAGAAAAUAAAGAAAAUUAA